UUUCUAGCAGAUACUUGGCUUCUUCUCCGAGCUCCCCCUCCGUCGAUUCCACAACAAAAGUUAGCUACCACUUCUCCUUGUGAAGGAUGACGGCCAACCUAUUCCUUGAUACAGUAUUUCCACUUCGGCACAAUGAGCCUUGAUCCGGGCGAUCUAACACGAUCUUCGUCUCCAUCCGGCUCCGAAGCAUCCCAACCGAAAUCUAGAGAAGGGGUGGAUGAGAUAUAUAAAAAAGACAAAAACUACCGUCGUUAUGCCUCCAGCGUCGACCGAGCGCUCUCUUUGUUCGAUACCGCCCUACAGGAAUGGGCAGACUACAUCUCGUUCCUAAGCCGGUUGUUGAAGGCUCUACAAUCUCAUCCGCCGUCUCUACCUAUCGUUCCAAGUAAAACAAUUGUUGCACGAAGAUUGGCGCAAUGUCUCAACCCAGCUCUUCCAUCCGGAGUUCACCAGAAGGCCCUUGAGGUUUACGGCUACAUAUUCUCUAUCCUUAAGCCGGAUCGCCUGUCUCGAGAUCUUGCACUCUACCUACCUGGAAUCGCCCCUACGCUGUCGUUCGCGUCGUUGACCGUGCGACCAACUUUUCUCUCCUUGGUCGAAGCCUAUAUAGUUGAUUUGGACCCAUCAGCCCUUCGUCCAGCAUUAAAAUCCAUAAUACUAGCGUUACUGCCAGGCCUAGAGGAGGAAACAAGUGAAGAUUUCGAAACUGCUCUACGGAUAGUGAACAAGUUUCGAAAUAUAAAUCUCAAGAAAGACUCUUUGUCAGAUUCGAGCCCUGAUGCUGGUAGCCAGUACUUCUGGCAAUGUCUCUUUCUCGCCUCAAUAACCAACCCAAGCCGGAGACAUGGUGUGCUUGCGUAUUUGAACCGCUAUCUUCCCAAACUCGGCGGAGCAAGUCCGUGGUUGAUAGGCUCGGAAAACAGCGACAUAGACGAUGCUUCUGACUUAUUUUCCAUUACAGACUCCAUCGUUACGCCAGAGCCGGGACUGUUAAUUCGAUGCUUUGCGACAGGUCUCGCUGACGAGCAGCUUCUUGUACAGAGAAACUUUCUGGACCUUCUUGUUACUCACUUACCUCUUCACUCACCCGUACUACAGAAAGGAAUCACUCCAAAUGAUCUCGAGAUAUUAGUUGCGGCAGCCGCCGGUGUGGUGACAAGGAGAGACAUGAGUUUGAAUCGCCGUCUCUGGGCAUGGUUUUUAGGACCAGACGCGUCCAACGGCGCUCAAGAACAGGGCGAAGGUGAUCUACCGUUGUCAUCCGGACAUGAAGCGAGCCGUGUUUUUGAUUACGAAAACGCGAAGUCCCAGUACUUCAGUCGUUUCGGUUUAAAACCCCUCGUUCAAAGCAUCAAGGCGAUGAUAAAUCGCAAUUCACUUCACCCUCCAGACAGAGCAAAACCGUUCAGGAUAUCUCUUUCUUUGAUGGAUCGCUGGGAAGUCGGAGGGCUAGUUGUCCCAGAAAUAUUCCUCGCAGUUAUGCGUAGUGUCCAGCAAUAUGAACAGCUUGCCUCUUCAACUGCGAAUUUCGACGAGGUGUUUAGAAGUGCAAGUGCCUUUUUCGACGGGGUUGAAAGUAGCCUGAUAUUCUCCGAGCUCCUUUCCCUUGUUCAUAUUGAACCAUCUGUUAUUCAAACUCGAUCUAACCAUGCCAUAAAUGACCUUAACCUCGCGAAUUUUAUUAUCUCUCAUUUCAAUAUGGCCGAGGAAGAAAUGCUUGUUGCCCACGUCCCGCUAUUAUUCUUGGCACUACUGGUUAAGAUGAAAGUUAUUUCGUCAAGUACUGAAGGUGGACUUGAUUAUCACCAUAUUCAAUCUACAGCACUUAACGAGACCUCGCUAAUUAUCAAACAUCUCCUGGAAUUGAUACCGGACAGAGUAUUUCACGAUGAAAUUGUGAGAGAUCCAACUCGAAAUGAUCAGCCCUUGGAGACCCCCUGGGGCGUUGCCAGCGAAGAGAUAGUCAGAACCAUACUUGACUUCUAUAGGAGAAGUAAAGAAAGUCUCAAAUUACCGCCACUGCCCUUCUCCUACCGGGUUCUAGGCGAAUUGCUUCUCCGGGAAGCCCAGUUUCUGGUGCUUGCUGAAUUGGAAUCAGGAGAUCACUCCGGUUUGAAAGACCGAGUUAACAUAUUCAUAUCCUUACUCAAUAAAAUCCGCAAAUCCCAAGUCGUUAAAGAUGGGAACCUCUUCUCUGCCAUGUAUCGCAAGCUGGCCGCCAAUUCUGGUACGGAAUUACCUUUUGUCAUGAUUUCAUCUAUAUGCUCUAUUGUGACGACUCUCUACUCCAUCCAUGGGCCCGGAUUCUAUGUUUCUUAUGAGCAGGUAUCUGAUAUUAUCCCACCGUUGGUUCAAAAGCUUUGGGCCUUUCUCUCGCCAUUGAGCCCUAAAUUUCACGUGGAAACGGUUCGAUGCCUAUGGCUUUUGCACUCCGUGACUUGGCAAGAUCAUUUGAUUGAAGCUUCGAUUGCCUCCCUCAUGAUCGGCGCGGAGGAUUCCAAUCCAUCUCAUAUCACAACAGUCCAGGAAGCUGAAAAGUUUGUUGUCCUAUGGAAUCAUAGCCAGCAAGUUAGCAUUGAUCCUUCAAUUGCACGCUCUAUUAGCGAGCACCCAACGAAUAGUAGUAGUAGUUUAAGAGACCCGAGAUCUCUAUACCAGUCUUCUAUGCUCGAUCGCCCGUUAUUUAUCGUAUUGGAUUUGCUCUCAGGGGUUGUCAGCGAAGCUUCACUAGUAGUCAAGGAAUGGAUUUCAGAUCUUUCAUCUGUGCACAAGGUAUUUCGCAUAAUAAUAUCGAAACUCACCGAUCUUUCAUACCUCACGGCAUUGGAUCGCGAAGAUACAUCCCGGCGUAGCCAUCCAGAAGACCCUGGGGAUGCAAACCAGUGUCGAUAUCUAUUCGAGACUGCUUCCGGUGCAAUAGCCUCGUUGAGUCGGAUGGGAUGGUCUACAUUAAUGACAAACACCGCUUUGGACCUUGGUAAACGCCGUGAUAGCUCUGAAGCUGAUGAUGAUGCCCAGAGCCUAAGUAUUCAGGCCACUUUAAUACAUCUUGCUAUUCGAGCCCUCUCACCACGCAUAACGGCUUCCAGAGAGCUACAUCCUGAAGAAGAGCGGAUGCAAUUGGCGGUUUUUACCGUAAUGCGCCAACUUUUGACGGGACCAGGUGCUAGGCAACUCGUUGAGAUGGAUUUGGACGGUUUCCUAAUUGAUCAGUUAUUCUUCUCCUUGGACCAUAACAGGGGUAGUCUCCAACCUGUUAUGAUCGACACCUUGUUAGUUGCUUUGAAAAUCCGAUUCUCUCAUCAAUUUUUAGAAUCGCACAUUCCUUCGUCUAACAGACGAAGGAAAUCAUCUCUCGACGCUCUUCCAAAUCUCUCUCGCAUAUCGCUAACGGGCGAGAAAUCUGAAAAGGAGCUACGAGGCGCUACAACUCCCUUGCCGUCACCACAAUUAUUAGAAUGUUUGCUGAAAGGGCUCAGUUCCACCUCCUCGCUAAAUGCUGUGCAGAAAUGGGUGCAACUCCUUGCGGAGUGCCUACCAUUUUACUCCGGGGCUAUUUUCCAAAUCUUGUUGACGUUAGUAGAGUGUCUAUGUCAACGGAUAACUGCCUCGUAUAAUGAGCUCCAGCUUGUGUUCAAGCAAACCAAUGGAUCUCUCGGGGAGCGUUCGGAGCACGUCACCAUUGCUUUACUUGGCGGGUUGGAGAAUUGUAUUGCUGUGGCUCAUGAACGCCUACUGCUCGAGGAAGAGAGUGUUUCCCCCGUAAAAAGUCCAGACCAACCCCAAGGAUUUUUCGGAACCAUGGUUUCCGGUGUGUUCGCUUCGGAGGGGAACCAGGCCCGGAGCGCUACUGCUAAUGACAGAUUGACUGUUCUUCUUUGCUUUCAAGAUACUGUCCGGCUAUGCUUCUCAAUCUGGUCGUGGGGCAACAUUCGACGCCAUAGCAACUCACAGGACCCGGAAUCAAUUUCUUCUUUCCAAUAUACCUCGUUGAGAAUGAGAAACCGAUCGCGGCGUAUAUUAGAGCAUCUGUUUAACGCCGAAGCCUUGGAUUGUCUGGAGACAUUAGUCCAACUAUGGCACAAUGCAGUCACAGCAGAUGACAUGGCAGAAGCUCGAUCAGUGUUUAAUCUACUUCAUACGCUAGAUGGAUCACGACCAAAAAUAACCAUUCCAGCCAUAUUCAAUUCCAUCUACAGCCGAACCGACCCCACUGCGCUGGAACCUAGUCGCAAGUCAGUUAUGACCUCUAGGCUAUCCGAGGCAAAUCUAGUUACGUUUCUCGUGACGUAUGCUAGAUCACUAGAUGAUGAUGUGUUGGACGAGAUAUGGACGGAUUGCACCACUUUUCUUCGGGAUGUAUUAGCUAACCCGUUCCCUCACCGACAAAUCUUGCCACGACUGAUGGAAUUUACUGCAAUUUUGGGUGAGAAGAUGGAGCGGACUACUUUUGGUGAUGACAGGCGAGCGAGGAAGGAUCUUGGGGAUUUAUUCCUACGCCUCCUAAUAGCGAUACUCACUAGCAAACCAUUAGGUUCAUCACAAGAGCCCACCUCAUCAUCGCGGCAGCUGGCAGAUAGCGAGCGUGCAUCGAGGCCUUCUUCCAAAGGCCAACAGUUCGUUGGGCCUGAUGAUACAGUUGGCAUCCUCGCAUCAGUGAUGCCUGCCUUGGUUACCACUCUAGGGGAAACAGACAGGAUAUCCACUGCAAUGUCAAAUAUUUCGGCGAACGUAAUAGCGCCGCUCUUCCAUUCGAGACUGUUCCCCCAAAAUGUGAACAAAAGCGUCCUUGACCUUCUCCAGCAGAUGUCAAAGAUUCCUGUUGCCUCUAAAUACUGGCGGAAAGAUGUGGGCGACGCGUUCAACGACAUCAAAUUCUUCACGACAAAACUUGGGCUUGUGCGGUCGAACUGGCUUGAUUUGCUUCGCCAUUGGGUCCUGACAGACAAAGAACGAUUGCCCGACGUGUACUCUCGCCUAACAACCCCAACAUCCGCCGGUAUAAUGUUUGGCGUAGGUGCUACAGCUGCACGACUUGAGGCUGACCGCAAGGCCCAGCUGAAUUUACGCAGACUAGCCUUGCUAAUAUUAGCCGCUAACGAAGACCAUUUCGGUGCAGAACUCGCAAAUGUCCACCAAAAGCUUGAAGAUCUGUUAACAGCUACUCACAUAUCUUCCCCUUCUUCCGUAACACGAGCGGAAGUAUAUAUGGUGCUCAGAGCCCUAGUCUUGAAAACCUCCGCCAUCCACCUUGCAUCCUUCUGGCCGAUGAUAAACAGCGAACUCCACGAUGCGAUUUCAGCCCUUGGCUCAGGCCAACAGUCCGAGACUCAUAACCCUUACUCACUCCUACAGGCUUGCAAACUCCUUGAAACUCUCCUCCUAAUUGCACCGGACGACUUCCAGCUCCAAGAAUGGCUAUUUGUUACCGAUACCAUUGAUGCUGUCUAUCCGCCGGACCAGUGGGAGUCUGUUGCUCUCGCAGAUGGAAUCGCACGCAAUCUAGGUACAACCACGAGCAGAAACAGCAUUGACCGCUCGCCAAAGAAUGGCCUUGGAAAUGGGAAUGGAAAUGAUGGUGAUGACGAUAGUGGCCGUGACGGGUAUAAAAAGGCGUGGCUUAAUUCGGAGCUGAGCCGGGAGACGGCCAAAGACGAGAUAGUUGACACGGUACUCAGGCCAUUCUUCGAUCGGUUGAGUAUACAUGCAUUUGAGAGCACAUAUAGCCUGGGGGUUCCUGAUUUGGAAGGCUGUAAAGACGAUCUGCUGGCAGAUCUGUUCAAUGAGUUCACGGUGGUGAAUUAGAAUUGAGUGCUUGUGCACUGCACUGAUGUGCCCUGCUCUAUGCCCUGCUCUUGGAUGUGUUUAUACCGUCCACUGUUUUCAUGUUGUCAUAGUCUGGAACUUAUAUUAUAAUUAAAUAUCACAUAUGUAACCAAUACGCUGUAUCUGCUUUUAUGCUAUUUGUGAUGGGUAUUUAUGUAUAACUAGACAUUUCAACCUUCUUGAUUCAUAUUCUUCCUACCAUUCUAGCCACGUGAAACAUUUUUCCUAGUGCCGCGUCCCUCGUAUCUCAACAUGUACAUGUACGGAG